AUGAACGACUGUGGUGUUGUUAGAUCGUCCAUCCAUGGCGAUAUCGUCUACACGCUGGGUGAAUACCUCUAUAAAAAGCUCGUCCCCAACGCCAAAACCGUGCAUGUCGAUAUCACCGACUUGAAAGUCACCAAGGGCCUCGUGGCGCAAAGAAACACCAAUGGGCCGCAGUACUUCCGUGUCACAGCCACAACAACUAAUAUCAAUACCGGCGUGGCUGACUUCGUCUGGGAGAAUGUUGCCAACGAUGGUAGCGUUUCUCAGCCAUUCGCUACCUGUCGUAUCCUCUAUGGCGAUGCCAACGCAUGGCUCUCAGCGUGGAGUCCACUGGCCCACCUCGUGCAUGGUCGCAUCGAUGCCCUCGAGCGUCUUGCAGCAGAAGGAAUCGCCAGCCGCUUCUCGCACAAGAUGGUAUAUACCCUCUUCGGAAACAACCUCGUGAAAUAUGCAGACAAAUACCGUGACAUGCAGGCCGUCGAGAGGAGCGAGUUUGAAGCCUUUGCAGACGUUACCCUCAAGCACGUCCAUGGCGGAGGUAACUACAACGUUCCACCUUUUUCCAUCGACAGCGUCGCCCAUCUGGCUGGCUUCAUUAUGAACGUGUCCGACGCUAGCGACACGGCUAAUACGUUCUGCAUGACACCGGGAUGGGAUAUUAUGCGCUUCGUUCGUCCUCUAGUCGCGGGCCAUAAAUAUAGGUCCUAUGUCAAGAUGAUUCCGACCGAUGAUGAUCCGUCUGUAUACCUUGGAGAUGUGAACGUCUUCCAGGACGGUGUGAUUAUAGGUAUAGUCGCGGGGAUUCAGUUCCGCCGCUAUCCACGUAUUCUCAUGAAUCGUUUCUUUGCUGCGCCAGAUUCGUCGAUUGUGAAGUCUUAUACUUCUACUGUGCCAACGUCGACACCCGCUGCAUAG